CGAUUGAUUGCAUAUCUAAUAAUUAACGUUUUGAUUUGAAGUAAAAUCCUCUACCUGAAAUAUUUUAUACGUAGUUGGUGUCAAACAAUUAAAACAAUAUUCAUAAUAUAAAUUGUGAUAUAGCAAGUGUUUAAGCACUACAAUGGAUGCACUAACGAAAUUGAUUGUACUGUCACAAUUGUUUCUUAGAGCAAUUGUUGCGAUCGACCUAACAUGUGACAGCGUCAAUCCUUUGAUACAAUCUGAUGCUACGUGUAUUUGCACAAACGCACCAGGAACAGGCAUAGAUUGGUAUUUGGAUGAUAUGUUCCAUUCAAGCUGUGUGCUGUCUACAAUAUGCGUACCCCAGUACAGUGGUUACAGUUACUCGAUAAACAUGACUGAAAAUGUUUAUAAGAUGACUAUGAAUUCAUAUAAUUAUAGUGAUUGUACAAAGAUUACGUGUAAAGAUCCGAGCGAUGGUAGCAUAAUGCAGUCAAAGGUCCCUCCGUCAAUAGUAUUCGAUACGACCUUACCUACAUCAAUGUCAGAGCCAGGGUCGAACAAUACCAACGGUAUUAUUUCUGUUACAACUGGCUGCAUUUCUGGUUUCUCGGACUUGAAGUAUGACUGGUUUAUAAUUGUUGAAGGUUUAGAAGAAAUAUAUUCUGUAGAUGAAUCAAGCAAAAUUGACACUAACGACACCUCUUUGUGCACAAAAUGCAACACGAAUGAGAAUGGAAAGAGAACAAUUGGAUUUCAGCAUAAAGAGACGUCAGGGUCUGGGACUAAGGCCGUCCUUUUUAAAGUACUAUUGCACCAUACAUCGACAAAUUUGCAACUUAAUAUUACAUCAAGCUUUUAUUACACAGUAAAAGUCACAAGUGAGGACAGUGAUGACAGUGAGGACAGUGAAUUGAGCAUAGGUGCUAUAAUUGGUAUUGUCUUUGUAUUAGUUAUCGCGGUUAUACUUACCUGCAAUGAUCUAUGUUUUUACCGACAUAAAAAAGUAAAUAUUAAUGAUGUCAACGAUGGAGCAAUGGAGUUUAACAGAAAAUACUUUGUCCACCUGCAUCUGGAACUAAAACUCCUUCUGAGACUAAUGUUUAUGUAUAAUAAGGCAUCAACGUUAAUACGAAAGCAAAGAUAUCAUAGUAAAUUUACUCAAGCAUCAGAAUAUCUCCGGCAUCACAUGAAACUACCAACACCAGGAUUUAUUUUAGACGUAGACGAGAAAAACGGUGAAGGUAUUUUAGUUGACUUGGUAGAAAAGACAAUAUAUUACCAAGAUCCAAUUGCAGAGUACGAAAUUUGA